UAGUUCAGUAAAUAUAAAUCUCUUAUCUUCUCAAAUAUUCAGAACAAAAUAUGGCUGCAUACAUCAAAAAAAACUUUUUGCUGGCUCUUAUGGUUUUAUUUCUUCUUGUUGUCUCAUCAUAUGCAAGAUUUAAUAUGAUGGUCACAAAAGGAGAUAUCGAAUCCAUCUGUAACAAAGAAGAUAUCAAUCAUUCACUUUGUUUUGAGAUUCUAAAGCCAACUCCUGAAAUUACAAAAUUAGAUUUUUCUGGUCUGGCCAAUUUUUUGAUCAAUUAUCAAUCUCGAAACACUUCAGAUACGCUGAAGCAAAUAAAAAUGUUCGAAGGCAACACAACGGGUGAGGAUUUGAAGUCAGUUCAGUUAUGCGAGGAAAUGUAUGACGAUUCUCUUUUUCAUAAUGAUCGUGCUCUCGAAGUUUUGGCAACGAAGGACUACGACACAUUAAACAUUGAAAUCGGAUUUACAUUGGCCUACAUGGAUACGUGUAAUGAUGGAUUGUCAACAAUGAAGCCAACACCGCAAGUUAUAAUCACGAAGAAUAGUGAGAUUAGCAGUAUGUCCGCUAUUAUUUUAGUGAUUCUCGAGUGUUUUCUCAGGAAAGUAAAAAUAAGAUGUUAGUAAACUAAAGGAAUUGAUAAUAACAGAGUAAUCUAUCUAUCUAUAUUAAUAAAACAGAGUUUUCUGUUCCAAAA